AUGUCUCAAGCAAAUGGAUAUACUCCCAAGGAUGCGGGCGCUCCGAAGCAUAAUGCCUGGGUUGGCAGCGCCGGGGCAGCCGGCACGGAUCUCAGAAGCGACACGAUGACGACGCCAACGGCCUCCAUGCUUGCCGCUAUCCAAUCAUGCACGCUGUUGGAUGAUGUCUUCAGCGAAGACCCUACGACCAUUGACCUGGAGAGCCACUGUGCGGCCCUGACUGGCAAGGAAGCCGGGCUGUUUGUCUUGUCGGGCACCAUGGGGAACGUCCUGGCGCUGCGGUCUUUGCUGACACAGCCGCCGCAUGGCGUGUUGUGCGACUACCGUUCGCACAUUGUGAGAUAUGAGGCUGGAGGGGUCGCCACACUAACUGGCGCUCUCGUCAAGGCGGUCGUGCCAAAGAACGGUGUCUAUCUCACUCUGGAAGAUGUCAGGGCAAACGUCCAUCUUGAUGAUGACGUUCAUACAUGCCCGACGCGUGUCAUCAGUUUGGAGAACACGCUCAAUGGCAUGAUUAUGCCGCUGGAAGAGGCGCGACGCAUCUCUGCCUUUGCCCGGGAGCAUGGUCUCAAGAUGCACUGCGAUGGAGCACGGCUCUGGGAAGUCGCCGCGUCGGGCGCCGGCAGCCUGGUUGAGUUUGCUUCGUGUUUCGACACGGUGAGCCUCUGCUUCUCUAAGGGCCUAGGUGCCCCAAUCGGGAGCGUACUGGUCGGUAGUGGGGACAUAAUCAAGCACGCACGCUGGGUGAGGAAGUCCAUCGGCGGCGGACUGCGCCAGUCCGGCGUCGUCACGGCCGCUGCGCGAGUUGCCGUGGAUGAGACAUUCGGUAAGGGGCCAAACGGCGAGGGCGGCCUGCUAAAGACCACGCAUUCUCUCGCACAAGAGAUAGCAAAGAUGUGGACGGACCUGGGCGGCAAGCUCGUUCAUCCUGUGCAUACCAACAUGGUCUGGCUUGACUUGGAUGAUGCUAACUGCCCGGGUGCCAAGUUUGAGGAACUCGGCAAAGAGGCCGGCCUCAAGCUCAUGGGCGGCCGACUGGUCAUCCACUACCAGAUCUACCAGAACCGUGACUUUGUCAUCCCGAGGCUAGCACGCAUUUUCGAGGCGGUCUUGGAGGCCAGAGCGCGGGGUAGUUUGGCCGACAAGAGCGGUGACGGAGAAGUUUCCAUGUACCGCUCGCAAUAG